CGCCACUGGUGGGGACUUUAUGCCUACAAACGUAGUGCCUGUCUGCCUGUAUUUUGUGUUGCCUAUCGUGAUUAAAACCAUAUGUUUAUGUUUCUCGAUGACAAUUUAUAUUUACCAAUUAACUUUUAUUGCGUAAUUGUUUAAUGAUCCACGGUAAUUACACUUCCUCAUACACGAAAAUCGGUAUUGGUGUUCCCGACAAUCGACGGUCAGUUAGUAGUUAUCGAUUCACGGAUAUCGUGGCAUCACGCAUCAGAUAAAAUUAUUAAUUAUUCCAAUUCACACGUGACAACUGCGUGGCUCGGUGCUAUUGUCUUUAUCUUCGCUUUUAGUACACGGCACGUUCGUACGUUCACUCUUGUGCAGCGAUCAGCGAUUGUCUGGUAGUGUGGAGUGUGGCAGUCAGCCAGUCAGUGAGUUCCAACGUUAUCGUAAACAGUUCCGUUUGCUAAAAUGGCACUCCGUCGACUUGGAACACAAGCUCAGACCUUCACGUUUCGCCUGAAGACACUAUCAGGAGAAAGCGUGUUUUCCAACAAAAACAAAGCAUAUUUGUCGCUCGUCCUGAUGUACAACACCCAAACAAGGAACAUCUCGUCGCUGGAAGUCACUAAGAACAUCUCUUUGUUGAGUCAGGAGAAAAAAAAAUCGAAUGUAAUCAAUCUGAAGUUGGACAGUCCUGAAGGUAAACCGUUGGUUGUGUUGUUAUCCUGGCUGAUGGCCAAGAAAAAGCACGUUUAUAAAUACGCAGACAUCUAUUUAAAAAGAGGUUUCGACGUUUUGAACAUCAGCAUCAGCCCCUGGCAACUGCUUUGGCCAGCCAAAGGAUCGCAAGUUGUUGCGAAAGAUCUUCUCAAGUUCCUGGACGUCAACAACACGUAUGCCCCAUUGGUGUUACAUGGAUUUUCUGUCGGAGCAUACCUUUGGGGUGAAGUGAUGGUACAGAUAGCAUCAGAAAGGGAAAGGUACAACCAUGUCGUAGAUAGGAUCUCGGGACAAAUCUGGGAUAGUGCAGCAGAUGUCACUGAGAUAUCUGUUGGGGUUCCAGUUGCAGUUUUCCCGAGGAAUGCCGUGCUACAAAAUGCCUUGAGACAGUACAUGCAGUACCACUUGAAAGCAUUCGAUAGAGUUGCUACCACUCACUACAUAAGAUCCUCUCAAAUGUUCCAUACGAAUUUGGUGCAUGCGCCAGCAUGUAUGUUUAUAAGCAAAACGGAUCCUAUCGGUACUGAAGCAUCAAAUCUGAGGGUGAAGGAAAGCUGGGAAAAUAUGGGCAUUCAUGUAACUUACAAAUGCUGGGACAAAUCUCCACAUGUGGGCCACUUCAGAAUGCACGAGAAAGAGUAUCUAGAAGAGUUACAUCAGUUCCUGGACAGCAUACGAUCUGAUAAUAAAAAGGAAGCAACACAACAAAAGCUGAAAGCCAAGCUCUAAUACCCAAGUUUCCUUGAUUUUUUCAACUAGAAGGAGGUGGCUC